CUAGCUUCUUGUUACUACUAGUAAGGCACCUGUUACUACUAGCGUGGCACCUGUUACUACUAGCUUCUUGUUACUACUAGUAACUUCAAGUAUUAUUCAAGCAAUCUUAAUGUGAGAUAAUGCAGGGUCAGGGUCGCAGCAGCUCUGCUCGUGCUGAGCUCGGUGGCAUCAUCAGUCAGCGACAAUGUGAGAUAAUGUGACCAACAAUGGAUGAAUCAUAGGAAGCUGACGACCCCCCUCACCCAAGUCACCAAGUGAACCGCUAUUGAACAAUCUCUACAUUGAGCGUGCAUGACUAGCUAGCACUGACCGUAACUAGAUGCUCGCAAUGCCACUCUUUUUCUGCAACAUCACCAGCAUUUUGCUGGAUUCUAUGCUGUACCAAGUCAGCAGCUGCACACCCAUUGCCACCCGUUGCCACCAAUCGACCGUUCCUCUCACCGCACACGGGCGGCGUUCAUCUCUCAACCUCUUCGGUGUCCUCUUCACCCGUUGCUCUCGCCCGCGGGCCGCCGCCGCUCCCGCCGAGGAGGAGGAGCGCCGGCGGUGGCUGGAGGAUCUCACCACCGAGCUCCGCGUGGCACGGCGCCAGUGCCUCCGCAUUUGUGCGCCGUUGAGUCCUGAGGACUUUGGCCGCGAAGCUCUGUUGGCCGAAGGGCUUCAGAGCGACCAUGAUGCCAACCGCUAUGCGGCUGCGCUGGAGGCGGUGAUCGACCAGAGAAGCGAGGACGAGCCGCCCUGAAAAGCGCCCGACCGUGGGCGGCGUUGCUUCACGCAUGAAGCGUCACGUCGCUUGGGGGUAGUUUUGGACCAUGCUCGUGGUAUAGGUGGUGCAACCCUUUUUGAAGCCAAGACAUUGGUGUGGUCGAAGCAAAACAGUCUCAGCUGAAGGCUUUAAGGGGAUGCACAUGUGGCCGACCCCAUGAUUUGGGUUCUGAACAUUUCUGCUGCUCAUCAAAUUGCUUUGGAAGCGCUCUUCCGCGCUUCGCAGUGCCUCCCACAUUGCCGGACGUCCACUUCGGCUGCGCCCACUUCGGCUGCGCCUUUCUUGCCGGUGCUUCGGGAGCCCAUUUCGGAUGCAGCUUCCAACUGGGAUCCGAAGGAGUUGCUUCGAAGUGGUUGGACCAAACCUUGGACUCCACCCGCCCUGCCCGUCCCACUCCACUCACCGGUCGACCGGACUGGCGGAGGUCGUUGAAUAUCACCACGGUGGACCUGGCGCGGGUCUUCCGCACGGACCCCAAAGCCAUGAUUUGACCGGAACACGAGCCCAAAAAGCUGUGAGCAGGAGAUUGUGGAGUAGCUUCCCGAGGAACAUGCGGAUGACUCGACCAAAGUUGCCGAGAAUUGAGAAGCACACCAGAACGUUGGAUUGCGAUUUUCAUGCAACUCUGAGCUUGCCGAACUGCCUUGGUUAAUUCUUUGCUUCGAAGUGAUGUUACAGUUACAUUACGAGUUCCAGAGCUGGCUCACAUUUCUAGUUCAUCUUCGGACCUCCUGAGGUGAGAAUGUCCGGAAAGAGGACUCAGUGGUG